AAAAGGCGCAGAAUUAUCCGUCGACUCCCGGAACAGGAACCGCAUCGCACGCGCUCCGGAAAAUAACGGAUACGUCGGUCGGCUCCCCCUCUUCGAUUGGACACAGUCGACGGAUCUCGUCCGCGCCAUGAUCCGAGGGGCUCCUCGCGUCGACGUCUUCGUCUUCGUGCUUUUCGGACUGGCCAGAGGCGCCUACCUCAUCGACUUCUCGCACGUCUUUCACCGAAAUUUGGCCAACGUCAAGAGAGAAGUGGAUCCGGAUAGAUGUCACCCGACUCAACCGUUUCGGUGUCCUGGAGACUCCACCGUUUGCAUCUCCAUCCAGUAUCUGUGCGACGGGGCGCCCGACUGUCCCGAUGGAUACGACGAGGACCCCAGACUAUGCACCGCAGCCAAGCGACCUCCGGUGGAAGAAACUGCUAAUUUCCUUCAGACGCUUCUCGCCAACCACGGACCCAACUACCUGGAGAAACUGUUCGGAAACAAAGCCAGAGAUGCUCUUGCGCCUCUUGGAGGAGUGCAGAAAGUAGCCGUGGCUCUAUCGGAGAGCGAGACCAUCGAAGAUUUCGGGAAAGCGUUGCACCUGAUGAGAACCGAUUUAGAACACCUGAAGAACGUCUUCGUGGCGGUGGAGAGCGGAGACAUGAGCCUCCUUAAAUCACUGGGAAUUAGGGAUUCGGAACUUGCUGACGUCAAAUUCUUUCUGGACAAACUCGUCAGUACCGGCUUCAUGGACUGAGACGGGCACCAUCCACUUCCUUCCAUUCCUUUCUUCACUUCUUCCGGACGCCAUUUUGUUUUUUCAGACCACCGCAAAAAUUGGGAGAGACAAAGAGAAAGAGAGAGAGAGAAGAGGAGGAAAAUUAUCCCCGUUCUAAAUUUAAGAAACUCCAUUAAAUCGAUUUUAAUCCAUCCCAAAAUACCACAACCGAAACGAAGAAGAAUAGGGAACGUCGAAGAGGAGCCAAGCCGCAAAUUAAGCACAAUAUUCUUUUUUUUUUUCUUUUCUUUUCUUCCUCCCCCUCCUCGUGUAGGUGUACUAAUCAGAAUAGGGGGGAAAAUUACGUUGGUACCCGCUAGCCCGAAACCAUCCGAAAAACGAUAAAAUCGACGACUCUACCCGAAAGUUAAAAGCUCGAAGCCGUGUAUUAAUGUCUAGAAUUGGGUUGUGCCUCCUCUUGAAAUUCCUUAUUCAUCUUUAAAUAUCGAAAAAGUCGUGGAAAUUGUCCUCCACGCCAUACGCAACGAUCGUCUUACAAACAAAAGAACUGUUGUUUAUUGUUAAUAGUUGUGUCGAUAUUCUAUGAAUGUCGUUUUCUGAUAUCUUCGUGGCAAAAGUCACGCGAGACUUCACGGCUUUGUUUGUAUUGUUUAUUCUUUUAUCUUCUCUAUCAACUUGAUUAAGUUGUCGAUAUUCCGUCGUUUAACCACGUCAGCAAAAAAAAAAAAAAAAAUAUCGAAAUAUCCUUUGUAUAGCAUAUAGAUAGAAGAUAAAAUUUUAUGUGUAAGAUUAUAUAAAUAUAUACAAAAAUAUAUAUAUAUACAUAUAUAGAAAUAUCAAUCUGUAUAAUUAUGCAGUAUAUUAUAUAUCUAUCCGUUGUUGUAUACGAUCCUUUGUUGGUAUCUGCAUCGAUUGUUAUAACAAUUCCUUCCUAAUUUAAUUCUAAAUUACACAAAUUUGGAGCCUGGUGCAUGAAAGAAACACAAUAAAUAUAUUGACUGCA